GAUUUAAUUUUAGGUGCUCAGGGACUUGCAGCAAUUUUCUUAAUCAGCAUAAUUGUAUUUGUAAAUGCUGGUGAUAUGAUGAGAAAAAGUAUUGUGUUUGAUAAAAAUACACCAGAUGUAUUUUAUUGUCCACAACACAAACCCACGGGCUUUGAAAAAAUGAUUGUUAAAGCUAAACCAUUGUCAAAACUCUGUCAAUUUGAAGGUGGGCCUAUUCCUGAAGAUUACAAGAGCGAUUGUUACAAUGACGUUGAUGAAACUGAAUAUGCUUGUAAAGAAAAAUACAGAAUAAUGAAACGAAUGAAAAAAUUGGAAACAGACAGCGAGCCGUUCGACAACGAGUACACCGACAAAUAG